AUGGAAAGAGGAAGCCAAAUGUCAAGUGGAAGCUCCAUGACCCAUGGGUCUGUUCGAGGAACGACAAGGGUUUGCGAUUGUGGGGCUGAGUCGAAACUGGUUACAUGUUGGGUGGGUGAAAAUGCUGGCCGGCGAUUCUAUGGAUGUGGAAAAUAUCAUGUUUAUGGGAGGAGGUUGUGCUCAUAUUUUCAUUGGUACGAUGGGGAAGGCAAUGUACGUGAUAGGAAGGUUAUUUCUGGGCUAAUCCGCAAGCUUGAAGUGCAUAAGAAGAAGGAGAUCUAUUUGACUAGGUGUUGUGUCAUUGGGUGGGGGUUUAGUGCAGUUUUUCUGCUUGUGAUUGUAAUGCUGUUGCUGAAAAUUUACCUUAGGAAAUAG